AUCAACACGAGCACCAUCAAUUUGCUCUCACAACAUCACGACACAAGGAACUCAGAAUGAGUCUGCGAGAGCCGAGUUCCUCUACACAACCAGCUCAAGCAAAGUCGAGAAGUCUACCACUACUGGAUCCAUCAAAACCGCAUACAUUCCUUGCACCAGCCAAACGGAUUAAUGAAGGCCACGAUGUUCCCUUCUUUCUCACGUCCAAGGCAUAUAUUGAUAUUGGUGUCUUCAUGAUGCAGCUCAAUAUUGCGAUGUGUCCUAGAAAGUCUCCGGGGACAGCACAAGUCCAAACAUGGCAACUUGACGAUAGCCUGAUUCUUUCAGAACCCGUUCAGAAGCUUCAGGAAAUGAUGGAGAAGAUCAAUCAGUUCAUUGAGGAAGCACCCCCUGAUACUGGACCUCGAAGAUUUGGAAAUGUCAGCUUUCGAAAGUGGUGUGAAAUACUGGAAUCCAGAGUUCGAGAUUUGCUUGCGGCUUAUUUGCCCCAAUCAGUACUUGAAUUUUCCAGCUCCUCAAGUGAUGUGUCUGUGCUGGACGAGCUUACUCCCUACCUUAUGGGUGCAUUUGGUAGUUCCCAAAGGCUUGAUUACGGCACUGGUCAUGAACUUAGUUUUCUUGCUUUUCUUGGCUGCAUAUGGAAGCUUGGUGGGUUUACAGAAAAUGCAUCAGGGGAGGGGGAGGUGGAAAGAAGUGUUGUCCUGGGCGUCAUUGAACCGUACGUAUUGCUGAAUUGCAAAACCAAGAGUACGUUUCUAAUGGAGGAGUUGUAGUUAUUUGCGAGUAGUUCGCCGGCUCAUUCUCACUUAUACCCUCGAGCCAGCCGGAUCUCAUGGAGUAUGGGGUCUUGAUGAUCAUUCUUUCUUACCUUAUAUUUUUGGGUCCUCACAAUACUGCCCAGCAAUAUCUGGAGCGGAUCCUAUGCCAGUAGAAGGAGCUCUUCCUGAAUCUCCAGACCCUGGCGAUAUUGUCAAGAAGUCUAUCGUUGAUCGAGAGAGAAAACACAAUAUGUACUUUGCAGCAGUUGGUUUUAUCAAUGAUGUAAAGACUGGUGCGUUUUGGGAACACAGUCCUAUGCUAUUUGAUAUUUCUGGUGUUAGAGCUGGUUGGGGAAAGAUAAACAAGGUAUGGACUUUGAGUUGGUCCACUGAAGUAAGUAACUAAUAGACACCUAGGGAAUGAUCAAGAUGUAUAACGCGGAAGUUCUUUCCAAAUUUCCAGUUGUUCAGCAUUUCCCUUUUGGUUCCUUGUUCCCUUGGGAACAAGAUCCGGACGCAGAGAAGCCAAGUUCUACAGUUCAUACAGCAAAUCAGCCUCCCAGAAAUCAAGUUCAGACAAAUACAACAACGGGAGCCCCCUCGCAAAGUACGCGUGCACCAUGGGCAAAUUCAACUCCUAGUGGAGAACCAGGAGCGACGGCAGCACCAUGGGCCCACAAACCACCUGGUGGUUCACAGCAAGGACUUCCCCCUACGAGAGCUCCUUGGGCAAGUGGUACUGGAACAUCACGACCAACGGGAAGUAAUCCAAUGUCUCCGCCAUCGAGGGAUCCCAAUCAACCCACGAGAGCACCAUGGGCGAGGAAGGGAGACGGAGGAGGAGGGUGACUUUUUCUGGUUGCUUCCAUUUUAUAACAUUUAGGCAGAAAUAGAAGUGAACUGUACCUCUACGAACAUUUCACAACUCGGGGUAGCAUGGUAGUUUGGUAGUAUGGGGCGCAGUAGGAUGUGUAGCAUUCCACCGCAUACCUCAUGAUUGUUGGCUGCUAAAUCUCCGAUCGACGUACAGAUACGGUAUACCACUUCGUACAAGUACAUGGCUAACAUCACGCAUCGCUUCGAGGUUGCAUUAGUGGAAGGGUGCCACUUUGAUAAGAUGGAUCAUUGCACUCCGUACACGAGAUGUGUGAAUCCUUCAAUAUCAAUCUCGCAAUGCCCCAGGCCGUUCUUCUAGGAUGAAUUUAGGCCUUGUAUUCUCCAAAAUUACGAUGUUCGUAGGCUCAUUUCUUGUUAUAUUAUCAAAUAGGUGAAGAUUCCCAAUCUUAGGAAUUGCACGUCAUUUGCCCCUGCAUACGAUAUUGUUGGGUAUCUAAAUACCCGACCCGCAAGUACCUAUAUUGUCUAUCAAUCUACUUGA